AUGUUCAUCGAUGCAACGAUUCGAGAUCAUCUUGAAAAAAUUCCAAUUUAUUUAACAAAAGAAAAUAUAACAUUUCAAUCCAUCAUUGAUCAAGCAUUAGGUAUGAUGAAUAUAUCAUCAAUAGCAGAAGAUAAUAUACGUGAUGAUUUACAACAUACAAGUAUUCUUAUCUACAAAAUGCAAAUUCUAUCAAUGUAUCAUUUAUUAUGGACAUCAUAUUGGCAGUCAGGUCUUGGCCAAUUGAUUAAACAAACAUCGGAACAACAACAACAACAAAAUUAUGUAGUCUAUUCAAUGAAUAUUAGUUUUUGGCCUAAAGAAAUUAAACAAAUAAUUACAACAAUGGAGGAACAAAAUAUAGAUACUUAUACAAGUCCAAUGAA